AGUCAGAGAGAAUGCAAGACGAAGAACAAGAAGAAGAGAUGGUGACACCGGGAGAGGUGUUAGGGAGAGCAGCUGAAGUGAAACCAGGGAAAGGCGCCUACUUGACACCCUAUCGUAACACUGAAAUCCUCUACGUCUACUCCUCCCUCACUGGUCACCGCCGCACUCUAUCAUCUCCCCAGGACUCUCCGACCAGGUCUCUAAUCACUCUGUCCCUUGCUAACAAGGGUUUUCUUGCUUUUUACAGAGCAAUUGUGGAAGUAAUUGGACACAAGGCUCAGGGUGCUGUUCCAGAGCCUGGUUAUGUUGUCAUUGCCCGAGUUACUAAAGUGAUGGCUAAAAUGGCUUCAGCAGACAUUAUGUGUGUUGGUCCCAAGUCUGUGCGAGAAAAGUUUACUGGCAUAAUAAGGCAAAAAGAUGUAAGAGCUACUGAGAUUGACAAAGUGAAUAUGCAUUUAUCAUUUCGCCCUGGUGACAUUGUCAGAGCUCUAGUGCUGUCCCUUGGAGAUGCACGGGCUUAUUACCUUUCUACUGCCAAGAAUGAGUUAGGUGUUGUAUCUGCAGAUAGCACAGCAGGUAAAUAA